AUGUCUACUCUCGACGGCGUCGUGGUUGAACAAGUGACUCCAGCAGCAGCUGAGAACGUCGAGAUGCCACCACCAAAGACAGUGGAGCCGAAGGAAACCGCAGCCGUCGAGUCUGACGCUCCAGCUCCCGUCGAAGUAACGUGUGUAAACGUGGACAUUGUAGAAACAGAGAAACCAACUGCUUUCACAGAGGAAAUGUGA